GUAGCGGGUUUAUUGGAGUGAUAUUCGACUAGUAGAGCAUAGGUAAAUCUAUCACAUGAUUGCUGCGGCCGCUCUGUGCUCCGCGUCUCUUCCUGAACAGAAGGCAGUAGCAGCAGUUGGGGCUCCAUGUAAACACGCCGCGCGCAGGGCUUUGUUUCACACACACUCACUCCGCAGGUAUCUUCCCUCUAGUCAUGCCAUGGAUAUUUUGUGGCAAUAUCAGUUCCGAAUCAUUCUACUCGGGGAUUCCACAGUGGGCAAGUCCUCGCUGUUGAAGCGUUUCACGGAUGGAAUUUACAGCGAUGUGGCGGACCCGACGGUCGGGGUAGAUUUUUAUGCCCGCUCGCUUGACAUCGAACCCGGGGUGAAAAUAAAGCUCCAGCUCUGGGAUACGGCUGGCCAGGAACGAUUCAGGUCUAUCACAACAUCAUAUUACCGCAACUCUGUAGGUGGCCUGCUUGUCUUUGAUCUCACCAAUCGUAAAACCUUCGACCAUGUGAGGGAAUGGCACAAGGAGGUGAGUGAGCACAUCCUGCCUCACCACAUGGUCUACAUCCUCAUCGGCCAUAAAAGUGAUCUCAACAAGGACCGGAAGGUGAGCAGGGAUGAGGCAGAGCAGCUGGCCGCUGAGCUGGGCAUUCGCUAUGUGGAGACAUCGGCCAAGUGCAACAGCAAUGUGGACCGGGCCUUUGAGCUGCUGACCAGGGACAUCUACGAGCUGAUGAAGAUGGGGGAGAUCGUCACCCGUGAUGGGUGGGAUGGCGUGAAGAGCGGCCUGACUGCCAAGGUUCUCUACUCUGCAGAGGAUGAAGAGGAGUUGGCCCCUCCAUCAGCUGAAAAAAGCUGCCACUGCUGACUGAGAAGUCUUUGUGUUCCAACACUAUCCUAUCACACCAAGAGCUCACUUUGUCUCACAGCCGAUCAUCAAAACCAAAUCACUGAGGCUUAGCACCCUGUGAUAUCACCAUCCAUCACUUCCUCACCUUGUGCUUUGUGCCCUCUCUGUGUUGAUUUUUCAGACCACUGGGAUUAUUUUCAAUCAGGAUGCAAGAGUAAAUACCAAUGUGUACCUGUUGGGAAAGUAUUGUAUUGUUAAUUUGAUAUGAUGUAGCAUGAGUCGAGCUGUUUUGAGCCUCAUCUUGCUCAAGAAAAAAAAAAAGAAAGCAUGCCAAUGUGAUCAGGUGUUGUUGCUUAAAGUGUAGCCAGUACUCCUUUUCAUAGCAAUGGAGCUAAAGGACUACUGAGCAUAAGAAAGUACAAAUGGACUAUUAUGGUCUGGCAUCAUCCACAUUUCAUAUGGUACUAUUAUGGGUUUCUACUUGUCAAAAGUUUGUGCAAUGCUUUGCCUGCAGUCUUAAGUGGCUGUAACAUUGUAAAUAAUAGUUAAAUCUAUAAAGAUGAGAGCUAAAGGUGACUGAAAGCUAUUUAAUUCAUAGUGUGAACAGACACAGUGCACUCUGCAAUAAGUGUCACCAUAUUAAAUCAAUGUGCUCCUCCUGCUACUGUAAGCUGUGUGUGCACUUAUGCCAAAUUGACCUUUGACCAUUCUGUGAAUAUAUUAAUAAUGUUUUGGGUUUUUUUUGUAAAAAGGUAGAGAUUAUUUGUAGUAAAAGUGUAUACAUAAACAUAGAUUAUUGUAAUUAGACUAAGUGUAACAUACAACAUUCACAAUAGCAGUAAGUGGCAAUGUGAGAAAAGGGAGUUUAAAGUCUAAAUAUGCCCCAUUGAUAUAGACAUAGACGAUAUGCACAGCAAAAGCUAAUGAGCUUUGAUAUGUUUAUUGCAGGCCUCUAAACUGGCUUUAAUUCAGCUUAUCUGGGCCAUCAGCCCAACAAAUGUCAUGUCAUGAAACCAUGACAAAGGAUUUAGCUGCAUUUUCUGACUUUUUUUCUUUCAUUUUCUUUUUGCUGUACAAAUGAACCUGAUAAAAUUCUUUGUAGGGCCUUAAAAGUGCUUAGAGAAUUAGAGAAAAGCUCUAGCUUAGCUUAGCAUAAAGAACUGAGAGUAGUAACAUGUUUAAGCAAAUUAAUUUUAUGCUUACAUUCAUGGUUGCCAAAGUGCAGCCUGCGGGACAGUGGUGGCCCUUGGUAAUGUUCUGUGGCUGGAUCAAAACAGAAUCAAACAAAGGGAGCAUUUGUUGUCUGUUUUUGUUCUGGACAGCUAUAUAAAACACAGUUACAGUUGUCAAAAAAUGUAACAGACAAAAUUUCAAUUAACAACUUAUAACCCCUCCCUCUGAACACCAACUAAAUGGGUUUGUGUGUAUUUUUCCUGUACCUCUUGUCUACUGGUUCCCUAAACUGGCACUUUCUUGUUUAAACCAUGUCUGAAAAGCCACUAAAACCUGUAGUUACCAAGUUUAUCUAUUACUCUUCAACAGCUGGAGGCACUCAACCAGUUAAGUUGUUAAUACGCAACUGUUUUCCAAAGUCACUAAUGUAAGUGUCCUGUUGUUAUUGUGUUUUUUAUGAUGUUUUUAGACAUGUUAUAUAAAUGUGACAAAGGAAUUUCCCAUUAUUAAUUUUCUCACGCUGAUUUUAUGCACAUAAAUAUAAUUCUAAAACAACAGUUCGGAGCUGCAAUAUACCUACACCCAAAGUCACUAAAAUUCCUUGUAGCUAACAAAUUAUGAUCAAAUCUUUGUUGUGACUUUAGUUUUUCUUUGCUGGCUGGAGACACUCAAAAACUCCCUCCAGAAUCCCUGCUGAAUUAUUAAUAAGAAAAAUGAUUUAGACUUUUUUUAACCACAGAUUCAACAAGGAAGAUAAGCUGUGCAUUUUAGAGGUGCUAGUAUCGCUAGCUAUUGUGAUAGCUGUCACUCCUGCUUCCAGUCUUCAUGCUGAGUUAGCCUAGUUUGCCUCUUUGGCCCCCACAUAUCACUAUCUUUUCAGCAAAAUCCUAAAGAAUAUUAAAUGUUGUUUUUUUUUUAAGGGCUACAGUAGUAGGCUAUUUUAUUUUAGACCUGUUAUAUAAGUAUAACAGAGGAAAUCCCUUUUAUCAAUGUUCAAAAGCAGAAUUUUUACCAACCUAUAUAUAAUUAAGAAGUGCAAGUUAAUCUUGCUCACAUUGUUUGUUAACUAACUAAUGUACUGUAGAUUUUAUUCAGCUGUAAUGGAGAAUGAUUGGGUGUCUGCACACAUGACUUCCAAAACCUGCAGUGAAUACCUUUAACAAAGAGGAUCAUGAAUUCCUUUAAGGCUCUAGAGGCUAAUAAUUUGCUGCAACACACACUACACUGUAAACAGCAAGAAAAUAUGCAUUCUAAUGUUUUUACUUAUCAUUCAUGUGACCAGUCUGACACUUCUUUUUCAUUUGUCUGAACCAGUUAAUAAAAUGUACAUCAUGUGGUUGCAGCUUAGUAUUUGACAAGGAAUGUAUUCUAACUCAUUUCUGCAAUCCCUUUUCAUUUUUCAUUUAUUGUUUUGCACUAAUUCAAACUGCAUUUUUUUCCCCUGGUGAAAGUCUGUGUUUGUUUGACAAUCAAAUGUUAUCAUUUUGAGUUCUUGGUAUAGGUGAGGAAUACAGUGUUGGGGUGGCAAGCCUUGAAAUCGUGCUGAAUGAAAACCAACCAGUCUGUACAACUACCUUUCUCACUUUUGCCUCUAAUCUAAACAGGGUUACAUUGUAUUGUAUAAUACUGUGUGUUAGCACUGUGCUGUGAGCGUUACUGACGACUACAGACUCAUGUAGUUGGGAGGAAAACACUGGAAAGACAGGAAGAAGUAUUAUUUUAAAAGAUUGAAUCUAUGGGAUAAAAAGACCAAUUGAAAACCUAUAUAUACAUAAAUCAACAACAGCACAAAAAAUAUGAUUCAUUUUCAUCUUAUUUGUAAUCUUACAAGCUAUACCAAUACAUCUGCAGUGACUGUAAGUAGUAAUAUUACUACAAUGAAGGUGAAUGACUAACUUUCUGUCCAACUCUAGCUUCUCUCUGUGUUCUUUGAAAACAAUUUGUGGAAACAUUCUUAUUUGUUUUCUUUCCAAUCUCUCUUUCCCAGUGAGAUGACAAGACUGAUGCGACAUUAUCUUCUAGUGUUCUAGAGUCAGGAGGCAGUUAGCAUAGCUUAGCAUAAUGACUGCCUCCAUCUGACUUAUUUCAACAAAUGAACUGCAAAAACACCAAGCAGCGAACACUUCUGAGCAAACAGACUUCAUAGUUUGAAGACAUUAAGCUGAAUCGUGUCGCAGACACGCACUUAGUUUACAAAAUCGUAAUUUUUGUCUUUGACUUUUUCCAAACCCCGAAAAAUGAUUUAAAUAUUGGACUUUUGGUGCCAAUCUAAUGUGUUCCAAGGGAUACACAUGUAGACAAAUAAUCUUAAAUUAUUCUAUCUUUAAAUAGAUAUAUUUCAUUCUGCCGGUUUUGUUGAAUGUAUGAUUUAAAUGUAGCUUUGCUGUAAAAAACAUACUUCCUAUCGUUCCUUAAGCAUCACUAGUUUAUUGGUUUAGUAUCACUUUUUACUAUAUUACACUUGGAUUCAGCUUCAGCAUUAUUUGUAUGGUAUAAUAAACUGAAAUCCAAAGCUAUUCUAGCAUCUUUUUUAAUGCAAAAAGGAAAACGGUAGCUCUAUUCAGUUUAUCAAAGCCUGUGUUACUAGUUUGUCUUGCUUUACAAACUGUGCAUACCCUUGGCUGUGCUGUUUAACUCCUGUUUACUUUCCACAAAUUAUUUUUAUGUUUUAAACAUAUCACCAAAAUUCUGUUUAAUUUUUCUAUAUAGGAACAUAAAUAGUAGAAGAUCAGAUUGAAUUUUUUAUUCAAUUCUGGCCCAAUAAUUUAGCUUCAUAAAGUUCACCAAUGUUUCAGUUUGUGUAUGUAAGUGGAGUCAUCGUUCUGGAACUAUUUUUUGGUCAAUUAAGCCAAAACCUAACAUUUUUAUAUUUUAGUUUGUGAGCAGCUUUGUGGAAUACGAUAUAAAGAGUAACUUUUUGAGCUAACAGCAUGGCAGUUCUAUCUCUUUACUGACCACAGAGAAUGUGUAUAUCUGUGCUUUAGACUUUAACACCUGUAGAAAGAAAAGGAAAAAAGAAAAUAACCUUUUUUUCUCCAGUACACAUUUUUCUUCUAACUGACUUAACCACUGCUGCUUUCUCUCUCUCUUGUCCCUCAAACUGGGCUUUAGAAUCAGUAACCAACUAUUUCCAUGGAACAUAAUGAACAAACAUCUAUUGCCAAGAGGAGCCAGAGGUGACUAACAGCAUGAAAUGCUCCAAAUAUUCUAUUUAACCAAUCAGAAAUGUCCUGCUCUAAAAGCCCGACCCCCUUGUAGCCCACUGAAACUUUGAAAAGUACUACCAACGCUUUUUACAUGCCUCUGUGUAUGGACUUUUUGGUCGGUAAAAUAAUUCUUCCCUUUUCCUUACUUUGACAACAUAUGACCAUCCAAAGGUCAUAGUCACUGUUGUUCCUGUUGUGGAAAAGCAGCUAUUGAUACCAAUUAUCUCUCGUCAGUCUUAGAAAGAAAACAAAUAAGAACAUUUAAAAAAAGAAAGAAAAAAGAAACAAAUCACCCAUGUAAUUAAUAGUGUCAUAUCCAGUGAACUGAUCAAAAUAAUCACAGGUAGGGUUUCUCUACCAUGUAACAUCAAGCAGUACAGCUUCUGAUCCCCCGAUGGUCAUGUUCCACAGUAUUACUGAAUAAAUGUUAUUUAUUUUUAUGUUAUGUAUAAGGGAUAUUGGUUAUUAAAUGAAUAAAUAGAUGUACGUUGAA